GAUUAGCCCUUCGUGGCGUUACGUUUUCAUUGUAAUAUUGACCUUUGCUGUGAGCGCCCAAAUUCAAAAUGCGUUUACAUUUAAUUUGUUUAAUAUUAACAGCGUUUCAUGGCAGCAUUUUAACGGAAGAACUAGAAGAUCCAGUGCUAUCAGUAGGCAAGGAUGGCUUGCCAUCACUGGGCAAGGAUGGUGUGCCAUCAGUAAGCAAGGAUGCAGUGUCAUCAGUAGGCAAGGAGGGAGUGCCGUCAGUGGGCAAGGAUGGAGUGCCAUCAGUUGGCAAGGAUGGAGUACCGUCAGUGGGCAAGGAUGGUGUGCCAUCAGUAGGCAAGGAUGGUGUGUCAUCAAUAGGCAAGGAUGGUGUGCCAUCGGUAGGCAAGGAUGGAGUGCCGUCAGUGGGCAAGGAUGGUGUGCCAUCGGUGGGCAAGGUUGAAGUGUCAUCAGAAGGCAAGGAUGGAGUGCCAUCAGUGGGCAAGGAUGGAGUGCCAUCAGUGGGCAAGGAUGGAGUAGCGUCAGUGGGUAAGGAUGGUGUGCCAUCAGUGGGCAAGGAUGGUGUGCCGUCCGUGGGCAAGGUUGAAGUGUCAUCAGAAGGCAAGGAUGGAGUGCCAUCAGUGGGCAAGGAUGGUGUGCCAUCGGUAGGCAAGGAUGGAGUGCCGUCAGAAGGCAAGGAUGGAGUGCCAUCAGUGGGCAAGGAUGGAGUGCCAUCAGUGGGCAAGGAUGGAGUAGCGUCAGUGGUCAAGGAUGGUGUGCCGUCAGUGGGCAAGGUUGAAGUGUCAUCAGAAGGCAAGGAUGGAGUGCCAUCAGUGGGCAAGGAUGGUGUGCCAUCGGUAGGCAAGGAUGGAGUGCCGUCAGUGGGCAAGGAUGGUGUGCCAUCGGUGGGCAAGGUUGAAGUGUCAUCAGAAGGCAAGGAUGGAGUGCCAUCAGUGGGCAAGGAUGGAGUGCCAUCAGUGGGCAAGGAUGGAGUAGCGUCAGUGGGCAAGGAUGGUGUGCCAUCAGUGGGCAAGGAUGGUGUGCCGUCAGUGGGCAAGGAAGGUGUGCCAUCAGUUGGCAAGACUGGAGUACCAUCAGUGGGCAAGGAUGGAGUUCCAUCGGUGGACAAAGAUGGAGUACCGUCAGUAGGCAAAGACGGUGUGCCAUCAGUAGGCAAGGAUGGUGUGCCAUCAGUGGGCAAGGAUGGUGUGCCAUCAGUGGGCAAGGACGGAGAACCGUCAGUGGGCAAGGAUGGUGUGCCAUCGGUAAGCAAGGAUGGAGUGCCGUCAGUGGGCAAAGAUGGUGUGCCAUCAGUGGGCAAGGAUGGAGUGCCGUCAGUGGGCAAGGAUGGUGUGCCAUCAGUAAGCAACAAUGGCGUGUUAUCAGUAGGCAAGGAUGGAGUGCCAUCAGUGAGCAAGGAUGAAGUGCCAUCGGUGGACAAGGAUGGAGUACCGUCAGUGGGCAAGGAUGGUGUGCCAUCAGUGGGCAAGGAUGGUGUGCCAUCAGUAGGCAAGGUUGGUGUGCCAUCAGAAGGCAAGGAUGGUGCGCUAUUAGUAGGCAAGGAUGGAGUGCCAUCAGUAGGCAAGGAUGAAGAGGCAUCAGUAAGCAAAGAUGGAGAGCCACCAGCAGGCAAGAAUGAAAAGCAACCAGUCGGCAACGACAUUGAUGAACCAACAGCGGAAGUAAAAUUAAGGUUGGGAGAAAACGCACCGAUCGCAACGGAUCAAAAAAAAGAUAAAAGUUCGUCGUCAACGGGACACACUGUCGCCAUACUGAUAUCGUCCAUGAUCAUCGCCGGUGCCUUCAUUUAUGGUACCACCAUAGUGUAUCGGCGAUAUAAGGCUAAAACAUACAAUGUACGACGGCAAAACAUCGAACUAGGUAACCAAAAUUGACCAAUUCAACUGGCAAUGAAGGAAAUGGCCAGGAACUGCUAUAGAUUUAAGUGUUUUUAUUAAAAUGCAGUCUGUGUACAGACAUGAUUGACAUUAGGAAGUUCUUGAAUAUACAUAAGUGAGAUGAGAAAUGAAUGAUAAGGUGUAAUUGUUAUUUAAUGUUUAUGUAUAAAUUUCUAUCAAAUAGAAUUUGACUUGUAAAUUUUUAAUAGACUAAUACUUAAUAGACUUUAAAAAAAUAUUACCUUGAUAAUAAUUAAUGUCGAUAAUUAUGGAGUAUUAAAAAUUAAUGUAAAGACGAUAUUUGUAAAUUAUUGUGGUUUCUUUUUUUGUAUUUAUAUUAUAACCUUUACCUAAAGGUGUAGGUACAAGUCCCGUAAAACACAACUGAGUUGAGUAGUAAAUUUGUCUUUAUAAUUCAUCUCGUGGUCGUUAAUGUGGCAUGUGUUGGAUGACAUUGUACCACAAGUGUAUUCGCCUUAUCACAGUAACAUGACUUGAUGGGAUAAGCUUCGAAUUCCUCCAGUGGAUA